AUGACCAGCGCAAAAAGAGUAAAAUUUUUAAUUUAUAUGCUUAAUGAAAAGACUGCAAAAACAGUAUUAACAGAAGGAAAGAAAGUUCUAAUUGUUAGAGGCACAGAAAAAGAGGCUGGUGUAAUAUUAGAAAAGAAAGAAAAAGAGACAGAAUCCUCUAAUGUUAUCACUAUUUACAAAGUAAAAACCAAUACCGGCGUGAUAAAAUGGGUAUCAUUGUCUGCAUUAGAGCUAUUGGACACGUCUCUUCUAAGUGAAGAGACAGAUUUUGAAAUUAUUUGGCCUAGAAUAGACCUUUUGCCGUCAUAUCAAGAACUUCUUAUUCAGGAGAAAGAAUCAAUGGCCAUGUAUAAAGAGCCGCCUGCAAUUUCUCUGUCUGCAGAUGAAAUAUUUUCAAUGUUUUACGACGCCCAAAUAAGUGCCAAACAGCAGUGUGCAGAGGAAAUAAAGGAGGUAGUAAAGGGCUUUAAAGAAAUCUUCUUAUACUGUGUACACACGUGUAUUUUGUAUAAAGAAGAAAGAGCAUUCUAUGAAGAAUAUUUAUAUCCGAAAACAACAAAAAUAUUGCAAACAUACGGGAUUACGCAUAUACUCAGAAUGCUUCUUAUUUUAAGAAGAAUUCAUUCUACGCUAAAUUUGAGCAGAGAACACAUGGAAUACAUUGGCGAGGGAAUUAGAACCUUCCUUCUUUUUUUGCAAACUCAUGAGAUAUUUCUUAUUCCAAAACGAUCUCUGCUGGAUGAAUCAGAAAACAUUGAUCUCGAAAAAAUUGAGCUAUAAACAAAAUGCGCAUGCGCAAAUCACAUAUCAUAUGGGAUUAUCCGGAAAGUGACCCAAGGUAUUCUAUAUUUGAAUUAAAGCAUAUCUGCCUUGUUUGAAGAAAACAAAAUUGACCCAAUGGUGUACUAUUAUACUGCACGUACUAUCGCAAUUUUUAUAAAAUUUUCUUAUGUCUUAUAUAGACAUAAAUUUAAGUAUUCGCUGAAAUAAUGGACAGAGGCAUGCCAUGUAAGAUACACAGCAUAUCCAUCAAACGCCCCAACUGCAAGCUACUCGGCUAUCUGCAAUAUAUUCAUAAAUUAC